UUGACUCUUUGGGCAUUAUAGCCGAGAGCCGAGAUCCAGCGACAGCGACGACAAGUUUUCCGCGCACACGGAAAGUCAGCAAGUUAAUACACCAAUAAUAUAUAUAUAUAUAUAUAUAAAUCUAUAUAUUUAAAUCUGACUUAUCGGUUUUACCAAAAAUACAAAAUAGUGAAUACGCGUGUGUGUGUCUCAAUUGAAUAGCGAAAAAUCCAACAAAUUAUACACCAAACAAACAGCAAAAAGUCGCGCUUAAACUUUUUCGAAAUUAAAUAAAACACGCACACACACGAAUUUAAGCCACGAAGAGGAAGAGAAGGCUGAAAAAGCGAAAAAACCUCGUGUGUGUAAGUGAGUAUCGGUGUGUAUGUGUGCAUGUCUCUCGGAGAGCGUGAGCUUUAUGUGUGCGUUGUGUACCUGUGUGCGUGUGCGCGAGCUGGAAUGAGACGCCAUCAAAAGCUGAGCUGAGCGAAUAAUAAAAUGCAAAAUAAAAAUAGUGAUUAAUAACAGCAGUAAGAAACAGCAGCAACAACAAAUGCUAGUGCGGAAAAGCGCGUGAAAAAAAGUGGAAAUACUCAAAAAAAAAAAUUAUACAUAGUUCGAAAAGCAAAUGCCUGGCGAAACGCCCCGUAACGACCCGUCCUCUGACCCCUUAACUUUACGCCCUUCAGUGUUCAGCAGCAACAUGAGUAAAAGCAGCAGCAGCAGCAGCAACAUUAAAUGUUAGGCCAAAAUGCACAAACCGCCAGCAACAAAGGCAGCAGCAACAGCAACAAAAACAAUCAAACGGAUUCGAAACAACAACAACAAUAGCAACAGCAGCAGCUCCACAUACCACAAAGAGUGGCACAUUAGAAGCGGCCAAAAGCAGCCAGCCAAGAGCAUUGUGUAAGCCAAAAGACCCAGAGAGCCAGGCCAAAAGCCCCCAGACGCACAACAACAACAACAACUACUACUACAACAACAACAGUAACAGCACAAAGAGUGGCGAAAGGUGCACCCACCAGAAAAAUAAAACAACAACAAAACAGCAACAACAUUUCAGUUCAAGCUCCAGACUCCGCAACACACUCAGACUCCAAAGUUAAGAUCCAGCUCCAGUUCCAUCGAUCGAUCCACUGUUCCAGCGUGCUCGAGUGCCAUAGAUCCUCACCAAGUGCCAAAAUCCGCAUCCUGAUCCCGAGAGCUCAAGGCACCCGGCCCAAAACUGAGCUGAGAACUAAACGAAGGAAGUUCCUUAGUGCCAUAGAAUGCAGUAAUUGAAACAACGAGAACGACCAAGACGAAGUGCAACCAACCAGCCGGAACCGGAGCCUAAAAAAAAAAUCGAGAAACCGAAGAGAACCACAAAGUGCCUUCCAUCAAAACGUUGAUAAGUGAUAUUUAUUAUGUUUAUACUUGCCAGCAGCCGGAGCAGCAGCAACAACAGCAACAACAACAACAACAACAACAACAACAGCAAUAGCAACAAUAGCAACUAUAUCGAUGAUCAGACCACGACCAAGUCCUAGUGCAAUCCGGAAUCCAGUUCAAAUUAGUUCAGUAAGCCGUAACUAGCACGUAUAAUGUCCACAUCCACCGCCACAACGAGCGUAAUCACGUCCAACGAGCUCUCCCUGUCCGUUCAUUCCCACGGCCACGCCCACGGUCACGGACACGCCCACCAAUUGCAUCAGCACACCCACAGUCGCCUUGGUGUAGGCGUAGGUGUGGGUAUCCUUAGUGACGCCUCUCUGUCGCCAAUACAACAAGGAAGCGGCGGCGGCGGCGGCGGAGGAGGAGGAGGAGGUGGUGGUAAUAACAAUAGUUCACCUUUGGCUCCCAACGGAGUGCCACUUCUAACCACAAUGCAUCGAUCCCCGGACUCACCACAGCCGGAAUUGGCCACCAUGACGAAUGUCAAUGUCCUGGACCUGCACACGGAUAACUCCAAGCUGUACGACAAGGAGGCCGUCUUUAUCUAUGAAACACCCAAGGUAGUGAUGCCAGCGGAUGGAGGAGGUGGCAAUAAUUCCGAUGAAGGCCAUGCCAUCGAUGCUCGGAUUGCGGCCCAAAUGGGCAACCAAGCCCAACAGCAGCAACAGCAACAGCAGACGGAACACCAGCCGCUGGCCAAGAUCGAGUUCGAUGAGAAUCAGAUAAUCCGUGUGGUGGGACCCAAUGGCGAGCAGCAGCAGAUCAUCUCGCGGGAGAUCAUCAACGGAGAGCAUCAUAUCCUGUCGCGUAACGAGGCUGGUGAGCACAUACUCACCCGGAUUGUCAGUGAUCCCUCCAAACUGAUGCCCAAUGACAAUGCCGUGGCCACGGCCAUGUACAACCAGGCCCAGAAGAUGAACAAUGAUCAUGGACAGGCUGUGUAUCAGACGUCACCCUUGCCACUGGAUGCCUCUGUCCUACACUAUAGCAGCGGCAAUGAUUCGAAUGUGAUUAAGACGGAGGCUGAUAUCUACGAGGACCAUAAGAAACAUGCGGCUGCCGCAGCAGCAGCUGGUGGCUCCAUCAUCUACACCACCUCGGAUCCGAAUGGCGUUAAUGUGAAUGUUAAGCAAUUGCCCCAUCUGGCCGUGCCCCAAAAACUUGAUCCCGACCUCUAUCAAGCCGAUAAGCAUAUAGAUUUGAUCUACAACGAUGGCAGCAAGACAGUGAUUUACUCGACCACGGAUCAAAAGUCAUUGGAAAUAUAUUCAGGCGGCGAUAUUGGCAGUCUUGUGUCCGAUGGCCAAGUAGUCGUCCAGGCAGGACUUCCAUAUGCCACUACCACCGGUGCCGGCGGACAGCCUGUGUAUAUUGUGUCCGACGGUGCCUUGCCAGCGGGAGUCGAGGAGCAUCUGCAGAGUGGAAAGCUCAAUGGCCAGACCACACCUAUCGAUGUCUCUGGCCUAUCGCAAAAUGAGAUUCAAGGCUUUCUGCUCGGCUCACACCCCUCAUCAUCGGCGACGGUCAGCACAACCGGCGUUGUCUCCACGACAACGAUCUCGCAUCACCAGCAGCAGCAGCAACAGCAGCAGCAACAACAGCAGCAGCAGCAACAGCAACACCAGCAGCAACAUCCCGGCGAUAUUGUUAGUGCCGCUGGCGUGGGGAGCGCGGGCUCAAUUGUCUCCUCGGCGGUGCAACAGCAACAGCAGCAGCAGCAACUAAUUAGCAUCAAACGAGAGCCCGAAGACUUGCGCAAGGAUCCGAAGAAUGGCAACAUUGCCGGCGCAACAACAGCCAAUGGACCCGGCUCGGUCAUAACGCAGAAGAUCUUGCACUUGGAUGCACCAACGGCAAGUGAAGCUGAUAGGCCCAGCACACCCAGCAGCAGCAGCAGCAGCAGCACUGAAUCGGAGCCAGAAUCAACAGGAUCAGGAUCAGUAUCGCCGGGUUCCAGGACCACAGAAGACGAACUAGAGAUGUAUGCAACAACGGGCGGCACACAGAUCUAUCUACAGACCUCACAUCCCAGCACGGCAAGCGGAGCGGGCGGUGGUGCCGGUCCAGCCGGAGCCGCCGGUGGCGGCGGUGUUUCCAUGCAGGCACAGAGUCCCAGUCCUGGUCCUUAUAUCACGGCCAAUGAUUAUGGCAUGUACACUGCCAGUCGCCUGCCACCCGGUCCCCCGCCCACCAGUACCACCACAUUCAUAGCGGAGCCCUCCUACUAUCGGGAAUACUUUGCCCCGGACGGCCAAGGUGGCUAUGUCCCAGCCAGCACACGUUCAUUGUACGGCGAUGUCGAUGUCUCUGUAUCCCAGCCCGGCGGAGUGGUCACCUAUGAGGGUCGUUUUGCCGGCAGCGUUCCCCCGCCCGCCACCACCACUGUGCUGACCAGCGUCCAUCAUCACCAGCAACAGCAACAGCAACAGCAGCAACAACAACACCACCAGCAGCAGCAGCAACAACAUCAUCCGCAGGAUGGCAAGAGCAAUGGUGGGGCCACGCCUCUCUAUGCCAAAGCCAUUACGGCAGCGGGUCUAACGGUGGAUCUGCCAAGUCCGGAUUCGGGCAUAGGCACGGAUGCCAUCACACCGCGGGAUCAGACCAAUAUUCAACAGUCCUUUGAUUACACGGAAUUGUGUCAACCGGGCACCCUGAUCGAUGCCAAUGGCAGCAUACCCGUCAGCGUGAACAGCAUCCAGCAGAGGACAGUGGUCCAUGGCAGUCAGAACAGCCCCACCACAUCCCUGGUGGAUACGAGCACCAAUGGAUCUACGCGAUCGCGGCCCUGGCAUGACUUUGGUCGUCAGAAUGAUGCCGACAAAAUACAAAUACCAAAAAUCUUCACAAACGUGGGCUUCCGCUAUCACCUGGAGAGCCCUAUCAGCUCAUCGCAGAGGCGCGAGGACGAUCGCAUCACCUACAUUAACAAGGGUCAGUUCUACGGGAUAACGCUGGAGUAUGUUCACGAUGCGGAAAAGCCCAUCAAGAACACCACCGUCAAGAGUGUGAUCAUGCUAAUGUUCCGCGAGGAGAAGAGCCCCGAAGAUGAGAUCAAGGCCUGGCAAUUCUGGCACAGUCGUCAGCAUUCCGUGAAGCAGAGAAUCUUGGAUGCAGAUACAAAGAACUCGGUUGGCCUCGUUGGCUGCAUCGAGGAAGUGUCGCACAAUGCCAUCGCCGUCUACUGGAAUCCGCUGGAGAGCUCCGCCAAGAUCAACAUUGCGGUUCAGUGCCUGAGCACGGAUUUCAGCAGUCAAAAGGGAGUUAAGGGCCUGCCGUUGCACGUACAAAUCGACACAUUCGAGGACCCCAGAGAUGCGGCGGUCUUCCACCGUGGCUACUGUCAGAUAAAGGUCUUCUGCGAUAAGGGCGCCGAACGUAAGACGCGCGACGAAGAGCGACGGGCAGCCAAGCGAAAGAUGACAGCAACAGGCAGAAAGAAGCUGGACGAGCUUUACCAUCCGGUAACGGAUCGGUCCGAGUUCUAUGGCAUGCAGGACUUCGCCAAGCCGCCGGUGCUAUUCUCGCCCGCCGAGGACAUGGAGAAGAGCUUCUACGGCCAUGAGACUGACUCACCGGACCUGAAGGGCGCCUCACCAUUCCUCCUCCACGGCCAGAAGGUUGCCACGCCGACGCUUAAGUUUCACAAUCAUUUUCCGCCCGACAUGCAGACCGAUAAGAAGGACCACAUACUGGACCAGAACAUGCUGACCAGCACACCUUUGACCGACUUUGGUCCGCCGAUGAAACGUGGCCGGAUGACGCCGCCAACCUCGGAGCGUGUGAUGUUGUAUGUGCGGCAGGAGAACGAGGAAGUCUAUACGCCCCUCCAUGUGGUGCCGCCCACCACGAUUGGCCUGCUGAAUGCGAUUGAAAACAAAUACAAAAUCUCAACAACGAGCAUAAAUAACAUUUAUCGCACAAACAAGAAGGGGAUUACUGCGAAAAUUGACGAUGAUAUGAUAUCGUUCUACUGCAACGAGGAUAUCUUCCUGCUGGAGGUGCAACAAAUCGAGGACGACCUGUACGAUGUAACGCUAACAGAGCUGCCAAAUCAGUAGCACUGGCAGUACGGGUAGCCCUCCCGAUAUAAGACACAAAAACACACAUACCCACACACACACAAAACACGGACACAACAAGUUGUUUUCAAUAAGCCAUUUUCCAUAGAGCCUAAGUCUAAUAAUCGUAGUUACGUAAUGGGAAAUCGAAGUAAUUCGAAGUUAAAUAGCUAACCACAAUACAUAAUGUAAAAUGAUAUAUAAACGCUAAACUUAAACAAUUCGAUUUAGUUAUUUAGCAACAAUGAGAUUAUCUAAAAUUUUUUGAUCAAAUUUUAAAUUCUCGCUAUGUCUAUAGAUAGUCUAGUAAGGCCCUAAUCGUAAUCGUACCGUGUAUUUAUGCUCAUAGAAACCCGAAAUAUGAGUGCAAAAGUGUCUGUCCAGUAGGAAGUAAGUCUCGUGUUUUUCCAAUACCCCCUCCACCCCUAAACCAACCAACCAAGCUAAUGCUAGAAGACCUUAGGUCCCAGGGCAAGGAAGAGUUAUCGAAUCUAUCUUUUAGGUGUAUCUAAAUGGUAUCAUUAGCUCUACACGAAUUCUAGACCUAGUAAACAUUUUGUAUGUUCGGCUUAAGCGUUUUACUUGUUGAAUAUAAAAAAAUUGUAAAAUUAUUUUUGAAAAAAAACCCAAACACAAAACACAAAUCGUUUUCUAUUUCAAAACUAACUCGUUACCCCUCUCCUCUACACCCUCUCUCUCUCUGUUAUGUAUAAUUAGGAUCUCUGUACACACAAAAAACAAAAACACAACAAAAAGAUGAAGAAAACAUUGAAAAAAAAACAUUGGUAAAAAACAUUCUCUCUGUCGAAGAAGUAAUUAUCCUUAAAUCUAGAUAUACACCUAGAGAUAAGAACACUCUGCAAUAAAACAUGUUGAUAAAAAUCUUAAUUAAGUCCAAGCUAAGGCAAAAACAAAAACAAAAACAAAAACAAAAAAACUUUAAAAAUAUUUGUGUGCAUUUGUUGAAAAACAAAAAAAUAUCUAAAGAACAAUGAUCAACCGAGAAAGUUGAUUCAAAACUAAAAAACUAAAAAAACAAAAAAACCUUUAAUCAAGAAUCGAUAAUCAACAAAGGAUCGCAACAUUCGAUAACAUAUAGAUAACAGAUACAUGAUAUAUAUGAUAUGUAUAGGGAUAAAUAAGAAGUCGCAUAUGCGUUUACAAUCUUUGUUUGCCAUAAUUAACAGUUUAAUUUAAUUAACGAAAUGUUUUGUGUACAAUGAAUGUUAUUUGAAUUCAGGCAGAGACUUCACAGCGAGAUUUGCUUGGAACUACGAAUACUCCGCAACGAUUGCUACAAUUUUGAACAGUACGAGUUCAAUGCUCAAUAUUAUUAUUAAUUGUUUAUUAAUUGUAAUUCCCCCACUUAAUCUCUAAACAA